UGUGUUCAUUUUACGUAUGUCUGUUGCACAGGACGGUCUAAAUAUAAACAAAUAUCGUCAGAAAGUUCACUCCGAAAUUUAGAUGGGCAUGGAGACGCCUAUAAAGAAUUAUGACCCCGUUUUUGAAAUGGAACAGCUGCUCUGUCAACUGGAAACUAAUUCAACAAGCUCGUCCUCUGGUCAACCCUCAUACUCCAUGCUGAAGGAGUACCAAGAGAAAAUCAGCACUCAGACACUAGUCAUAAACACUCUGGAGCAAAAAUUGACAAAACUGGAAGCGGAAACGAAGUCAAACAACAGAAUGAUUGUAGGCCAGAAAGUCGAGAUUGAGAAGUACCAUGUUGCUAUAGGGCAACUUAGCCAACGACUCGCUGAUCUUCAAUCAGAAAUCAAAUCUCCCAUGGAUUACACAGCGAAGAUCAGAUCUCGUCAAAGCUCCAUAGCGAGACUCGAGGAAAAGUUGACCAGACUACAAGAGCAAUCUAGAGGCCAAUCGCAAAUUUUUCUUUUUCGCUCGUUUAGAGACUUACGAAUUUCGAGACUUUCGAAGAGAAUUGCAGAGCAUCAAAAAUAUUUGCAAGCUGAUAUAAAUUCGAAUUCCGAAAGGGAAAAGCCUGCAAAGGAGUGCAGAGAACAAACGGCCCUAAUAAAGGAUCUGGAGGCAAAAUUAGCAAGGCUGGACGCGGAUACAAAAUCCAGAAAUAUCAACAUGGAGGAGAGGUUAGCGAAGCUGGAACUGGAAGGCGAAUCAAAGAUGAAAAUGAUUAGAGCGUCGCAAGGGAAAAUUGGACAGCACGAGAACACCACCAAGCAGCUAAGGAAAUCGAUUACUGACCUCAAAUUAUUGAUAGAGGAGACUAGUGCCAGCAACUCCAGUGUCGAAGGUCUUCACCUGAAACUGCAGUCUUAUCUGGCCAAGCAGGAGGAAAACGAAAAACUUUUGGAUUCCUACAAAGCGCAGCUGAAGGAGCGGAACGACCAAAUAAACCUUCUGGAAUUAAAAAGAACGAAAAAGCAAAGAAGAAGAUGAUAUUUCAAGAAACUUGUAGAUAGAAACAAAAACUAAAUGUACAUUUAAUAUAAUAUAUAAAAUGUUUAUGUUAUAUAUAUGUAAAUAUUUUAAUUAUGAUGGGACAUUUUCGUUUUACAGUCGCACGUUAAAACAUUUCAGCCAUAUUUAUGGUUUCCUAUUUAUGGAAGUCUGAUCCCAUAAAUAUGUAAAGCAAACAUAGCAAUAUAUUAUUUAUUUAUUGUUUAUUCGCUAUAUUUUAAAACCUUUUCCAUAAAAAAAACUUGCUCUGUCGGUAUUUUCUACCAUAAUAUACCCCAAAAUAGCCAAAAUAGCGGAAUGACCAAUAAACCUUCUGAAAUUGACAUGAACAAAAGAUAAUCAAAGAAAAUAUGAUAUUUUAAAGGAACUUGUAGAUAGAAACACUA